GUCGUCAUCUGCUACACCCACAGCGGUGACCCCUGUGUAACUGUAGCAGAAUGCCGCUCUACUGGGGGGAACUGCCUGAAGGGAUGGGGUCAGAGCUUCUCGAAGCGGAGCCCCAGGCAGUCUCCUGGAGAGAAGCCCGAUCCAUGAGAGCCUCCAGAAGAUCCCUGCGCUGGCGAGCAAUAUGUUCUGUUUUCUUUAUGCUUUUCUGCGUAAUCUGUUUAAUCACUUUGCUAUCUGUUUCCCAAGCACAGGCUAACCCAGAUUCUAAAAAGGAAGCUGGCAAUGCCACCAGCCCUGAGAUGAAUAACCCACUGCUCGAGGCACCUCCAUUUAUCCAGGCUGUUUAUACAGAAGCUGGAUACAAUAAGACUAGUAAUCAAACUCUGGGAGAUUUUCUUAAUGUUGUGAAACGAAGGGAACUCCUUAUAGAACACUUCCCGGAGGAUAUACUCAGUAUCUGAUUAAGGGGAGAUGGUGGACGGCGCCACGAUGGGUGCCGGAGCAAGGAAACUAUUUAGAGCCCCUAUUAUAUACGGGAGGCUAUGAUGAGCGGGGUUACAGAUGGGUCAACCAUAAAGGCAAGAGAGUUCUUUGGAAUUCAUUAAACUUCAUGGAAUGGUUACGUAGAAGCAGGAGACCAUGGUGUAUUUAUAAUGAAAAGGAGAGACGAGCCAUUUUAGAAAAUAUGAUGACAGUCUUAAGAUACUGGCAUGCUUGCUUAUGCAAGCAGUUGUGGGAAGCCUUGUAUCGCAGAUAUGAUUCCUUUAAAGAACACAUUGCUAAGUACAUCAGAGGGGAGCUAAAACUAUCCAUGUAGAAAGAGGAAGUUGACACUUGUCUCUAAAGAUAUGCUAGACAUGAUUCAUCGAGCAGCCAGUUCAUGACCAACCGCAAAGCCACAAAUAAUUGUAUUAAUAGAUAAACUUAUGCUAUGUCUGUGUAUUAAUAGAUAAACUUAUGCUAUGUCUGAUUUGGGGCUGGAAACUUUUCGCUGAGAUGUUCAAAUUCUAAAAAAUCAUGAUUCAGCUGUAACAUGAAUUGUAUUUUUUCUAUCCUUGUUCCUUGUUUCUAUCACUAUAUAAGAGAAGUUUAAACUUCAGUAAAAUUACAGCAGUUCACUAAGACUCUUGGUGUCUGUCUGUCAUUUCCUGCGCCGUAUCCUGACCUCUCCUGAUACCUUCGACCCUGAGCUCCCGCGGUCUGAUACUCUCCGCCAGAGCGGUCCGCGGCAGCUGGCGCCCGAACAGGGACUUGAAGGACAGGAUGCCGAGUCCCCCAUUUGGGUUCCGGACCGACUCAUCAGACCUGCCCCGAAAGAAAAGGAAGCAGAAGCGGAGGCAACGGAAGCAGCAGAAGCAGCUGAUUCUGCAAAUGAAGAGACUGAGAGUCAGCCGGGGAAAGCCAAUGACCUGGACUCAAGUUCGCUCGCUGACGCGACAUGCUAAAGAACUUUUAAUUGAAUUGGGGAAACCCCCGACGCCUGCAUGUUAUUUCUUGGCCUUUCUUUCUCUCCUCUCUGCUACCCCUCUACCCACAGAGGGGGUUUCCUAUUGGGCUUAUGUUCCAGAUCCUCCCAUCAUCCAGCCCGUAGGCUGGAUGGACCCACAACACAUUAAAGUGUUAACAAAUGAUUCACUAAGAAUAGGCGGUGCUCAGAAUUCAGAGCUCCGCCCCAGCACAUCCUCCUUUAUAAAUUUUGAGGGCAGAGCAGAUUCGUUACCGGUCUGCCUGACUCUUCAGGGAAAGGCUCCUCAUGGCUGCUUUACUACGCGCUAUAGGACCUUUCUUACAGAUUCUCCUGAUAGGGCACAACUCGGUGAUUCCUCAGGUAAAAGAUGGAUAUGGGAGGUUCAGAUGCAGACUUUGGGUGAUCCUUUAUAUAAAGAAGUCUUUGUAAAUAGGCAAACAAGUCCUGAAGUACAGUGUAUUGAAAAAUACAGGGAUAAGGAUAAGUUUUGGGAUGCAGCAUUAACCAAUAAUCCAACAUGGUUACAAUGUGCCUUUCCUCAUGCGGCUACUUGGUAUGCUCCAGUUAAUUUGACUGAUGAAAAUUUAUUAGUAUGGGAUUAUUCUAAUUCUAAUAAUGGCUCCAAUAAGAUUUAUGAAAAUUAUAUUACACAAAAUAAGGAAAAAUUUCAUAAUUAUACUUAUGAUGGCCUUGGAGAGCCUCUUAGAAGUUGGUUUUCACCUGGGAUAGUAGAACCUACCUGGUUCAUCGAACAAGGAAAUAUCACAAGGCGGCAGUCUGACCUAUUUCGGUUAGUGGCCGCAGCCAAUAUGUUCUUGGAAAAGAAACCUGGUGAAAAGAAGUCUUUAGCUUAUGGUUUGCGUGCAUGUUUAUCCUAUCCCUAUGCCAUGCUUCUUGCGCAGCAGGCUUCUGUUAAUAUUUCCCAAGAGCCCGGAAAUUCUUACUCGGUUACUUGCCAUUCCUGUAAAUUGACUAAUUGCAUUUCUUCAGCGGAAUCAAAGGAUUUGGAUACAGUUAUAAUCGUUCGACGCCCUUCUUAUGUUUUGUUGCCAGUAGAGCUUGGUGAAGAGCCUUGGUAUGAUAAUGCUGCUUUACAAGUUUUAGAGGACUUUAAUGCCCUUAUUAGGCCAAAACGUUUUGUUGCUGCUCUUGUUCUUGGCAUUGCUGCUUUAAUAUCAAUUUUAACUACUUUUACUGUUGCCACCACGGCAUUGGUUGAGACAAUUCAAACUGCACAGUUUGUUAAUAACCUCAAUCGCAAUGUUUCUCUUGCUUUAAUUCAGCAGGAAUUAAUUGAUAAGAAAUUGGAAUCAAAAUUAAAUGCUUUGGAGGAAGUGGUGGUUGCACUUGGUCAGGAAAUGAGCAAUCUUAAAAAUACGCUUUCAGUUCGCUGUCAUGGCAAUUUUAAGUCUAUUUGUGUCACACCUCUGCCUUACAAUACCUCUGAACCUUGGGAAAAAGUGAAAGCACAUCUGCAGGGAGUUUGGACAAGCAGUAGCAUUUCCCAUGAUAUUGACUCAUUACAAAAGGAUAUCUCAGCCAUGAGUCAGUCGCAUCUACAGUUAGGGGGGCUUCAACAACUAGCCUCCAGCCUACAGUCUAAUGUAAAGGCUCUUAAUCCUUUAGAUUGGCUACAAUACUUUAUAUUUCUUGGCAUCCUUGUCUUGCUUUUCCUUAUAGUAAUUUUUCUGUUUCCUCCUCUUAUCUCAUGUCUUUUCAAGUCGCUCAAAACAGUGCAACAGGAUAUCUUCGAGCUCCGUUUUAAAAAUAAAAAAGGAGGAACUGCUACACCCACAGCGGUGACCCCUGUGUAACUGUAGCAGAAUGCCGCUCUACUGGGGGGAACUGCCUGAAGGGAUGGGGUCAGAGCUUCUCGAAGCGGAGCCCCAGGCAGUCUCCUGGAGAGAAGCCCGAUCCAUGAGAGCCUCCAGAAGAUCCCUGCGCUGGCGAGCAAUAUGUUCUGUUUUCUUUAUGCUUUUCUGCGUAAUCUGUUUAAUCACUUUGCUAUCUGUUUCCCAAGCACAGGCUAACCCAGAUUCUAAAAAGGAAGCUGGCAAUGCCACCAGCCCUGAGAUGAAUAACCCACUGCUCGAGGCACCUCCAUUUAUCCAGGCUGUUUAUACAGAAGCUGGAUACAAUAAGACUAGUAAUCAAACUCUGGGAGAUUUUCUUAAUGUUGUGAAACGAAGGGAACUCCUUAUAGAACACUUCCCGGAGGAUAUACUCAGUAUCUGAUUAAGGGGAGAUGGUGGACGGCGCCACGAUGGGUGCCGGAGCAAGGAAACUAUUUAGAGCCCCUAUUAUAUACGGGAGGCUAUGAUGAGCGGGGUUACAGAUGGGUCAACCAUAAAGGCAAGAGAGUUCUUUGGAAUUCAUUAAACUUCAUGGAAUGGUUACGUAGAAGCAGGAGACCAUGGUGUAUUUAUAAUGAAAAGGAGAGACGAGCCAUUUUAGAAAAUAUGAUGACAGUCUUAAGAUACUGGCAUGCUUGCUUAUGCAAGCAGUUGUGGGAAGCCUUGUAUCGCAGAUAUGAUUCCUUUAAAGAACACAUUGCUAAGUACAUCAGAGGGGAGCUAAAACUAUCCAUGUAGAAAGAGGAAGUUGACACUUGUCUCUAAAGAUAUGCUAGACAUGAUUCAUCGAGCAGCCAGUUCAUGACCAACCGCAAAGCCACAAAUAAUUGUAUUAAUAGAUAAACUUAUGCUAUGUCUGUGUAUUAAUAGAUAAACUUAUGCUAUGUCUGAUUUGGGGCUGGAAACUUUUCGCUGAGAUGUUCAAAUUCUAAAAAAUCAUGAUUCAGCUGUAACAUGAAUUGUAUUUUUUCUAUCCUUGUUCCUUGUUUCUAUCACUAUAUAAGAGAAGUUUAAACUUCAGUAAAAUUACAGCAGUUCACUAAGA